AUGUCUUUCCCCAUAAUUGACGUUUGGGCGAACCCCGUCUUCCCUUUGGGCGAGGGCGUACCUGAGGUCCGUCGUCUAUUCGAACAGUCUCAUGCUGAUAGCAGCUUGCUAUCCCGGAGACGGACACCCGAUGAGCUCGUCGCUCUCAUGGAUGCCGCGGGGGUUUCAAAGAUAUGCCUCUGCGCAUGGUACCGACCAGGGCAAGCAGUCUUCUCCAACGAAGAGGUGGCCCAGUUCACUCGCGCCUAUCCUGACCGUUUCAUUGGUAUUGCCGGUGUCGACCUGCAUGAUCCGGUCAAGUACGUGCAAGAGGUGGAAAAGUACGUCAAGGUAGAAGGGUUUAAAGGUGUUCGCGUGGUGCCAUGGCUUUGGAAUCUUCCACCAACGGACAAGCACUACUGGCCGCUAUAUGUCAAAUGUAUCGAGCUCAAUAUUCCCUUCGUGAGUACCUUCCACUGCCAACUUCAGGCCCGUGAAGGAUGGUUAACCAGUAUUGUUUCGUUUCAGCUCACCCAGGUCGGACAUACUGGCCCCCUCUGCCCAAGCGAAGUUGGCCGACCAGUACCUUAUAUCGACGAGGUGGCCCUGGCAUUCCCCUCGCUGUCGAUCAUCUGUGGACAUAUUGGUUUUCCCUGGACACAAGAGAUGAUCGGUGUAGCGUGGAAGCACCCGAAUGUCUACAUCGACACUUCAGCACAUCUACCGAAAUAUUAUCCAAAGGAACUGAUACAGUUUGCAAACACCACCGGAAGAAAAAAGGUCAUGUUUGGAACAAACUUCCCCCAAUUAAGCUGGAGCAAGUGCAUCGAGUCAGCGAACCGGGAUAUCAGACUGCGGGACGACGUCAAGGCAGAUUUCUUUGGCGGAAAUGCUGCCAGGGUGCUCAAGCUUGGGGCUGUUGCCUUGAGCAAAGAGAAGCUUUGA